CUGCAUCCUCCCCCCUUCGGCGUAAUACCCUCAGGAACUACCGGCGUGCCCCCUUCAUUUAACCUAUGGAAGUUCACGGAGACAACGAUUACGCGAUGGAAUUUCACUCACAACCAGCUACCCCCACAAAGUACCAGGAAGUGCCAAAUGAAGGCAGCAGUUCUUACGACGAACGUCAUUGGGUCCCGCAAUGCCCUGGUAACUACAUUCCAAAGGUCGGCAUGGUUUUAAAGGACUUGGAUGAUGCUAUUCGUUUCUAUCGUGCUUAUGCUGCUGAGGCGGGGUUUGAUGUGCGCAAGACUACCACUACAAAGAAAGAGGGCUCCGUUGUUUGGCAAUAUGUUGUUUGUAGCCGCGAGGGUAAAAAACAUGUCCCCACAAUCUCCCACAAUGAUGCAUCACAUGUCAUUGGACAGGCUGCAUUAUCUAAACCUGGGAGAAGAAGACGCAUUUCUAAGCGUAUAGGCUGUAUGGCACGUGUUGCAUUUCGCAUCCUUGGACAUGAUGGUUACGUUCUCAGCAUAUUCGAAGAACAGCACAACCAUCCUCUCACUUCUCUCCCCUACAGGCCAUUUUUGAGGAUCAACAGGAACAUUGAUCUAGGCCAUAAGAAGUUCAUACUCAACUGUGCUAAAGCGAACAUUGGUACCAUGAAAUCAUACCGACUUUUCAAGGAGUCCGUUGGUGGGUACAUGAUGAUAUUCGCUCCGUUCACUGGUGUCGACAACCAUAAAAAGUGUGUGACAUUCGGCUUUGGCUUACUGUCAAGCGAGGAUGCUGAGUCAUAUUCAUGGUUGUUGAGAUCAUUCAUGAAUGCGAUGGGGAAUGCUCCAAGCUGCAUCAUAACUGAUCAAGAUCCAUCACUGCGAAUUGCAAUCGAAGCAGUCUUACCACAAACCAAGCAUCGCUAUUGCAUGUGGCAUAUUAUGAACAAACUAUCAGGUAAAGUUUGUCCGGUGUUAAGCAAGGAUACGGAAUUUAUGAAUCGCAUUAAUCAGAUGGUCUGGACUCAUUACUUAGACAAAAAAGAAUGGAAAGCACAAUGGCGCAGUGUUAUGGCAGACUACAACCUCACGGAGCAUUCGUGGUUCAAGUCUCUAUACACGUUACGUAAGUUUUGGAUUCUAGCGUAUUUCAGGGAUCUAUUUAUGGCCGGGCUUUUGCGCACUACGUCUAGAUCAGAGAGUGAAAACAGUUUCUUUGACGAUUUCACCAACCGCAACUUUAGCCUAGUUGAAUUAUUAAUGCAAUUCCAGAGUGCAAUGGAGGACCAAUGUUUCAAAUUUACUUGUUUGAACUCAGAAUCCGAGUCGGGAAUUCCAGUGUUCAAAACCCCAUUAAAGAUUGAGAAACAGGAUGCAUCGUUAUUCACUCUCUCUGUCUUUUAUGAUGUGCAAAAAGAGAUUUGUGCAUCCUGCUUUUCAUGCGCUAUUGUAUGUAUCCAAAACAGUGAGGAUGCUUCCGAGUAUCAGAUCAGCGAUGUAAGUGGGAUGAUAUCAACUGUCCGCUACUGUGCACGCGAUGGGACCACACAUUGCAGUUGCAAAAACUACGAACGCAUUGGCUUGCUAUGGAGGCACAUCUUUGUUGUUUUCAAAAACCUGAAAAUAGAAAAGAUCCCCGACUUCUAUGUUACCAACCGGUGGUGCAAAUUCCACUUGCUCAAACCAAUGUUCGAUGUCGGUGGCUCAGAAAUGGACAAGGUAUCAUUUACGGAUCAAAAUAAGACUCUCGUUUCUCGAUUGAUGUCAGACAUCCACUUUUGUAUUGCCUUGGUAGAGCACACCCUUGAUUUGCUACUUGCCUUUUCCAACACUAUAAAUCAGCACAAGGAGGCCCUAAUCGACAAACUUCAGGAUGGCAAACUAUCAUCUGACACAUCCUCGGUGUUUGAAAACUUUUGUGGCACUUCUGCACCUUCAGAAGUUCUUGUAUUACCUCCUGCCCAAGUAAGUACGAAGGGCAGCGGUAAGCGUAUCAAAGGAGGUAAGGAAGUUAGCAUUGAAGAAUAAAAAAACCAAACGCUUGUGUCGGACAUGCAAAGAAUAUGGCUUCCACGACAGCAGGAACUGUCCUAUGAACCAUGAGAAGUGAUAAGUCUGUUUUCCUGUUUCACUUUUAUUGUUUAUUAAAUGUUUUGUUAUUUU